GUGUGGGAAUAUAUCCAACCAAAAAGGGACAUUUUGCGGGUAUUUGUGAGUGUGUGAGAGAGAGAGCGAGCAGUUUCAGACACAGAGAGAGGGGUUUGGGAUUGGAGGGAUUGACGCUGCGUCUCUUCCUCUUCUCUUUCGAUCCAUCCCUCAUUCCUAAUCCUCCAAUCCAACCACCUCAGCCUCACACUCACAUAUACACAUAUCUGAACGCGUAUCGUCCCUCCUAUGGCUUCAAAGCGCAUCCUCAAGGAGCUCAAGGACUUGCAGAAAGACCCACCAACUUCUUGCAGCGCUGGUCCAGUAGCUGAGGACAUGUUCCAUUGGCAAGCAACAAUAAUGGGUCCUGCUGAUAGUCCUUAUGCUGGAGGUGUAUUCCUAGUCACUAUUCACUUCCCUCCGGAUUAUCCUUUCAAGCCUCCUAAGGUUGCCUUUAGGACUAAGGUGUUUCACCCGAACAUCAAUAGCAAUGGUAGCAUUUGUCUUGAUAUCCUGAAGGAGCAGUGGAGCCCUGCACUCACCAUCUCUAAGGUACUGCUUUCUAUCUGCUCAUUGCUGACUGAUCCAAAUCCUGAUGAUCCACUUGUUCCGGAAAUCGCUCACAUGUACAAAACUGACCGGGCCAAGUAUGAGGCCACUGCACGCAGCUGGACCCAGAAGUAUGCCAUGGGCUGAUUUGUGUUUGGAUAAUGUAUAUUGAAAUGGAUUGCAUCUAUGAAAACUUUUGUGGGUUUGCUUUUCACUUCCUGUUUUCUGGGUAAGAUUAUGUUUCUGUUAUGAGGGGCUAGGGAAGGGAGGUGUCUUAAUUUGAUAAAAAAAAUAACUGUGUUCAACAACCACUGUGAUGUUUUUAUCAUGAUGCAAACGCAUGAACAGGAUGUUAUUUGUGUCAUUGCUGUGUUGUAACUUCCUCUAUGAAGUAAUGUAGAAAUAGUCAUAUGAAGCACA